GCAGCUUGCGCGAGGCUCUGAGGAAAGGGCCGAAUGCUGGGAACAAUUAAAGAGAUUCAAUUGAAUUCAACAAUUCAGGAGAUUACAACCAACUACCAGUAAACCUCACUCUGGUCUAAUGACAUAACCAUGGCAGCCGAACAAUGUUCGCAACUUGAAGCCGAAUUGUAUUACCUGAUUGCCAGAUUUCUCCAGUCGGGGCCGUGCAAAAAGUCUGCAAAGAUCCUGGUGGAGGAACUGGAAGAGUAUGAGUUGAUUCCGAAUCGGUGGAGUUGGGAUGGGAAACAAUAUAAGCGAAACUUCGAUGACUGGGUGGCUCUGAACCAGCAUAUCCCUGCAGAUUAUUUGCUGCGUGUGUGCAAGCAGGUGGGACCACUGAUCGACCAGCAUGUUCCACCAAGUGUUCCAGGGGUCUGCACCUUAUUGGGCACUGGGAAGCAGUCUCUUCUCCGUACAGCGAAGGGUUGCAACACAGUAUGGAGCAGUUCGUCAGUGGCAGCGCUCCACAGAGGGCGUCCACCAGAACCGCCAGUCAAAGUGGACCGGCAGCCCAACCUCGCUUCCAUUAUGGGUGCACGUCAGACAACGGGUGUGGCUCGAUUUGGCCACGCCCUCCCUACCUCCACCUAUCAGCACAUAAAGAUGCACCGGCGAAUCCUGGGUCACCUCUCCUCCGUGUACUGUGUGGCGUUUGAUCGCACAGGACGACGCAUCUUCACAGGCUCAGACGACUGCCUGGUGAAGAUCUGGGCGACGGACGACGGGCGGCUGUUGUCGACGCUUCGCGGGCACGCCGCCGAGAUCUCCGACAUGGCGGUCAACUACGAGAACACGCUGAUCGCCUCGGCAAGCUGCGACAAGGUCAUCCGCAUCUGGUGCCUGCGGACCUGCGCGCCCAUCACCGUGCUGCAGGGCCACGCUGCCUCCAUCACCGCCAUCCAGUUUUCUCCAGCGACCAUGGGCUCAGCCCGAGUGCUGGCCUCCACUGGGGCAGAUGGGAUGGUGUGCUUCUGGCAGUGGAACGCACUCACCAUGAAGUUCAAUGACCGUCCAUUGAAGUUUGUUGAGCGCUCGCGGCCAGGCGUCCAAAUCUCCUGCUGCUCCUUCAGUUGUGGUGGGAUGUUCCUGGCAACGGGAAGCACAGAUCAUGUGAUCAGGGUCUACUACUUGGGCGGCGACACACCCAUGAAGCUCUCGGAGCUGGACGCUCACAUGGAUAAGGUCCUAGCUGUGCAGUUCUGCAACAACAGCGAUGGCCUCAGGUUUGUGAGUGGCAGUCGUGAUGGCACGGCUCGUAUCUGGCACUACCAGCAGCAGGAGUGGAAGAGCAUCUGUCUGGACAUGAGCGCUCGGCUUCCAGGGAGUGCUGUGGCCACAGGCGAGGACAAGUCUACCAAGCUGGUGGUGACCAUGGUGGCGUGGGAUCGCAGCGACCGCAUGGUCAUCACCGCCGUCUCCAACUUCCUGCUGAAGGUCUGGAACUCCAGCACUGGACAGCUGCUGCACAUACUCUCGGGUCAUGAUGAUGAGGUCUUUGUGCUGGAAGCCCACCCGUUUGACUGGAGGAUCAUGCUGUCUGCUGGACAUGACGGAAACGUCAACGUCUGGGACCUCAACAGGGGCGUCAGGAUACGAAACUUCUUCAAUAUGAUUGAGGGCCAGGGCCAUGGUGCAGUGUUUGACUGCAAGUUCUCCGCUGACGGUCAGCACUUCGCCUGCACUGACUCCCAUGGCCACGUGCUCAUCUUCGGCUUUGGAUGCAGUCGGCUGUACGAGAAGAUUCCAGACCAGAUGUUCUUCCACACGGACUUCCGGCCGCUGAUCCGGGACGCCAACAACUACGUGCUGGACGAGCAGACGCAGCAGGCUCCGCACCUCAUGCCCCCGCCCUUCCUGGUGGACGUGGACGGCAACCCCCACCCCUCCAUCUUCCAGAGGCUGGUGCCCGGCCGCGAGAACUGCAAGGACGAGCAGCUGGUCCCUCAGCUGGGCUACAUGGCCAACGGUGAUGGCGAGGUGGUGGAGCAGGUGAUUGGUCAGCAGACGUCGGAGGAGGAGCAAGAGCAGGAGCAGGAGGAGAGCCCACUGGACGACCUCAUCAGGCAGCUGCAGCAGCAGCAGGACCAGCGCGCUAACGCCGCAGAACAACCACAAGGAGAGGAUGAAGGAGGCGAUGAAGGCGCUGGGGCCGCGGGUGCCGGUGGUGCAGGUCUCGGAUCUCCGCCCAACGUGGGUCUGCGGCGGAGCGGGCAGGUGGAGGGGGUGCGGCAGAUGCACAUCAACGCCCCCCGCAGCCAGAUGGCCACCGAGCGCGACCUGCUGGCCUGGAGCAGGAGGGUGGUGGUCAACGAGGUGCCCUCCAGCAUGCUCAGGAUCAUGGAGGAGAGUCGGCGAGCCAAGGGAGAGUCGGAGCGUUCUCUCUACAUCACGGAGAGGAGAAGGAAACCCCCACAAGUGGUCACCAGAGCUGAGCCGGAGCUGAUGUGUGCCCGCUCCUUGAGGCGUACCCAGCGUAAGAAGCAGGAGCAGCAGCGCCACUCGUACCACACACGCUCGGCACGGGAGAGACGCGCUCUGCGCCGCAGCUCCGCUCUCACUUCUCAAAGAGGCUCUGACUCGGACAGCGAGGCCGAGCAGGAGGAGGAGCAGGCGGAGAACAGCGACGCUUCCUCAGAUGGAGAAGAUGCCUGGAAGAGCGACAGCAGCUCCAGUGACUCGUCGAGCGAGUACUCUGACUGGACGGCCGACGCAGGCAUCAACCUGCAGCCCCCCAAGCGCUCCAGCAGGCGGCCGGUUCGCGCCCCGCAGAGCAGCGGCUCCGAGAACGAGGGAGAGGCACAGGGCGAGGACGAGGAGGAGAAGAGGAAGAAGGAGGCCGAGAAGAGGAAGAAAUCUAAAGAGGCAAAACAGAAGCCUGCAUCGGGUGGGUCCGGUUCAGGAUGGACCCCUCCAGAUUGGAUCACGGACGUCAUGCCGCGGCGCCUGCCCUUCGUGCCACAGAUGGGGGAUGAGCUCAUCUACUUCCGUCAAGGUCACGAGGCGUACGUGCGCGCAGUGCGUAAGGCCAAAGCCUACAACAUCAGCCGUAUCAAACAGCCCUGGAACAAACUGGAUCUCAGGGAUCAGGAGUCGGUGAAGGUGAUUGGUAUAAAGUACGAGGUGGGCCCGCCCACUCUCUGCUGCCUCAAACUGGCCUUCCUCGACCCAAUCUCAGGGAAGAUGACCAACGAGUCCUUCAUUCUUAAAUACCAUGACAUGCCUGAUGUCAUUGAUUUCUUGGUGCUACAGCAGUUCUACAACGAGGCCAAGGAACGCAACUGGCAGCCAGGGUCCAGGUUCCGGAGUAUCAUCGAUGACGCCUGGUGGUUUGGAGCCGUGGACAGCCAGCAGCCUCUUGAGCUGGAGUAUCCCGACAGCCUGUUCCAGUGCUACAACAUCAGGUGGGACAAUGGAGAGACUGAAAAGAUGAGUCCUUGGGAUCUGGAGACUAUACCUGAAGAAGCCGAGCUCCCCGAGGAGUUUGGCGAGUGCGUGCAGGUGACUGAGGUGGAGUUCGCGUCUCUGCUGUACAGGCCCCAAGAGGGGGAGUGGGGCGCUCACACCAGGGACGAGGAGUCGGAGCGCGUCAUACAGGCCAUCGACCAGCUGCUCUCGCUAGAUGUGGCGAAGGAGUUCAAGAACCCGGUGAACCUGGCUGACUACCCGCUGUACUGCUCAGUGGUGAGCUACCCUACUGACCUCACCACCAUCCGCAAACGCCUCAGGAACCGAUACUACAGGAGGAUAUCUGCCCUCAUGUGGGAGGUACGCUACAUCGAGCACAACGCACGCAUGUUCAACGAGCCCCAGAGUCCCAUUGUCACCGCCGCCAAGAUUGUCACAGACGUGCUGCUGCGCUACAUUGGGGAUCAAAGCUGCGUGGACAUAGUGGAGCUAUACCACAGAUUGAAGACUGAACUGAGUAGUGUGGAGGAAGAGAAUGAUGUCGACUCAGACACCCCUGGAACAUCCACUAGUCAACAUAGGGGCGGCUCUUCUUCCCAUAAGCGAGGCGUGGUGCUGGACGUCAACGCCUGGAAGAACCAGUGUAGAGAUCUCCUCCGCAGGAUGAUCGACAGCCCAGAUUCAACGGCCUUCCGACAGCCCGUGGACCUCUUUGAGUAUCCGGAUUAUCGGGACAUCAUCGACACUCCCAUGGACUUGGGGACAGUGGCUGAGACGCUAACCGUAGGAAACUAUGAAAACCCCUCAGAGUUUGCCAAAGACAUACGGCUGAUUUUUACCAAUUCCAAGGCCUACACUCCAAAUAAAAAGUCAAGAAUUUACAGUAUGACUCUGAGUCUCUCUGCGUUCUUCGAGAGACAGAUCAUCCCCAUUAUCUCAGAUUUCAAAUCUGCCGUACAAAACCAGCGGAGGAGUCGGCAGAGGAUGAACUACAAGAGGUUACAGGACUCGCCGCCCUCCAGCCCUAAAGGAAAAAGCAAGUCGUCGGGGAGCAAGUCAUCAGGGAAGAAGCCAAAAACUCAGCCGAGAUCCAGAAGUCGCACGCGGAGAGUCUCCCAAGCCUCAGAAUCCCAGGACAUUUCGGUGGAUGAAGACAGCCAGCCCUCGACGUCCUCGUCCUCUUCCUCAUCGUCAACCUCUUCAACCUCAGGCCAGCUCGGGGGUAGCAGAUUAAUGCGCAGCCGAAACCUAUCCGGCAAAACCUCUGCAGUAUGUAAUGGGCCAACAGUCAACGGCAGCCGGCAGUCGCACAGACGAGGCACGACUCGCACGAUCCUGAAGGGCAUGGCCGCUUCGGGCAUGGCCGCCUCUGGCAGUUCAUCCUCAUCAUCCUCCUCCUCGUCCUCUUCCUCAUCCUCCUCUUCGUCGUCCUCUUCCUCCUCAUCGGAAAGCGGCGACGAGAGUGACACGGAAGUGGGCGGCCAGUUCGUGGAUGGCAGUGGUGGUGGCGGCGGCGAUCACGACUACAGCAAAGCACCGCGUCCAUCCCAUAGAAACAGCAAGGGCAAGAUGGCCGCCACCGCUGCCAAGAUGGCUGCCUCCCCUGCCAAGAUGGCUGUUGCCCCCACCAACAUGUCCGGCAUAGCCAAGAGGAAACUGAUGGUCAGCAGUGAGCCUCCAGUGCAGACCAAGAGACUGAGGAGAGAACCAGAGGAGGAAGAGGAGGAGGAGGAGGACGACGAUGACGACGACGAGGCGCCGUCACAGCAGGAAGAGGAGGAGGAUGACGAAGAAGAGGAGGAAGAGGAGGAACAGGAAGAGGUGGAGGUGGAGGAGCAAUCCGAGGAGGAGGAAUCAGAGGAGAAAGAACAGCAGGAAGCUGAGGAUGAUGAGGGAGAGGAUGAUGAUGAAGAAGAGGAGGAUGAGGAGGAGGAAGGAGAAGAAGAGGAAGAUGAUGAUGAGGAGGAGGAAGGAGAUGAGGAGGGGGGAGGAGCAAGGGCUUUAAGGACAAUGGGCUCUGUCGGACAGAGAUCAGGCAGCCAGCGGACCUCAAAGUCGGCCCGGGUCAACACACGCAACCAGGGCCGACGGACUGUCCUGUACAACGACGAGUCAGAGGAGGAGGGGGCCGGAGGCGACCCACUCAACCUGGGCAGGUCUCGCUCGGGCCGCGUCCGGCGCAUGACAGAGCGGGCACGGGUCAGUCACCUCAUGGGCUGGUCACACUGACCCCCGACCCCUGACCCCUAUCCCACUCUGGGCUCAUUCGUGAUGACGCAGGCUGCGCACCACGCAUGCGCACUGCGAAAUUACGAUGCAAUUUGGUUCGAAAUUUCUAACCAGAAUGCAUUGUGAUAAUGGUGCUGCAUGUUGUGCAAAUCUGUACUGCGCACAGCACACGGGCCUCUUUCCCUCGUCUCUCGACCUCUCCACCCAGACUCUAAAAGAAAUACCAAUACUGCAGGGAUUUUGACUCUUUAUCAUUUUUUAUUAUGUUUUAAAAAAAGAUUUUGUAUAGUUUAUUUUUUUAUUGUAUUUUUUCUUUUUUAUGAUUUCGAUUUUUUUUUUGUCUAGGAGUCUAUGUUUACGGAUGGUGGUGCUCUUUUUUUACCUCUUCAUCUCCUCCCAAUGUUUCUCCCAUCUUUCGUCCUUCUGUUGCUCUCUUCCUCUCAGUUUCUUCUUCCUCUCCUUCCACUCUUCCCGUCUCUUUUUUUAUACUCGGUCUAUCCAUCUGACCACCAUCACCAAAACCCCUCAUGUCUUUUUCUCUUCCCAUCUGGUGUGUGUGUGUGUGUGUGUGUG